AUGCAUCUGACUCCACAGUCGCGAUCGGCGUCAAUCGAAGGGGCGCAGAGCACGCUGGCCGAGCAGUCCCAGCAAACGAGCAUCGCCGGAUCGUAUGGACAAUAUGCCAUGCAGCAGGGACAGCAAACAGGGGCCUAUCAAAAUAUGCAAAGCGACCCUGGGUGGACACAGCGGGUGUUGGAGGAGAUGAAGGACCUGCUACUCUUGCUUAAUGCUCAAGGUCGAAUCACUUAUGCGUCGCCGUCUUGCAAGUCAGUCACCGGUCGCGCGGCAAAACAACUCGAGGGUAGCCUCUUCACCCAAUAUAUACAUGAAGACGAUAAAGGGAUCUUUUUGAGAGACAUGGACGAUGCGGUGGCCAUGAAUCAACCGUUUCGGACUCAUGUGAGGCUACACAAAUCGAACAAUUCGUAUUCUCUGGUGGAAGCCUUCGGUCAUCCGCACAUUGCAAACGAGAAUGACGACGCCGGACGAAGAAACUCGACUAGUCAGGAUCGGUGUACGGGCUUCUUCAUAAUGUGUCGGCCGUAUCCGACGAAGAACUCUCUCCUGCUCGAUUCCUUCCUUGAACACAAGAUUGAGAAUGCACGCUUAGUGCAGCAAAUCGCCAAGCUCCGCCAAGAGGAAGAUGAGGAGGCCAGCUUGUCUCGACUAUCGUACAACAAGAUCGACGAUAAGAUGGUUGACGUACAGUCGGCUGCACAAGGAAGUGGCAGCGACCAAGAAUCCACUGAGACCGUUGCUCCUAACUCGGAUGAAUCCGACGAUGUCCAAGGGGACUACUUUUCUGAGAACGCCCCUCGAACUGGGGGCCUUUCACAUAUCGAAGGCAUCGAGGUAAUGACUGGUCUCUACUACGGCGAUGGCGAGCGAUCCCGAGGGCUGAGUACGGGGGCGCGCCGAGGCCGCCUCAUUCAGUGUGAUAUUGAUAUCACCACUGCAGCCGAUCAAGCUCGCAACGUACAGGAGGGUGACCGGCGCAAAAGACUGAAGGGACAACAUGUCUGUACCGACUGCGGUACGGCUGACUCCCCGGAGUGGCGGAAGGGACCGAGUGGGCCAAAGACGCUGUGUAAUGCGUGCGGCUGUAAGUUGCGAUAUCUCGAUUGUCUCUUUCCGCGACUAUCUGACCCUUGCUCACGUCUACAUUCCCCAACAGUGCGGUGGUCAAAGAAGGAAAAGAAACGACAGGAGUCCACUUGA